CUGUUAGCUGUAUUCUAGGACUGAUUCAUCGUACGGGAGGGACCAAGUAUCCGUGCAAAUCCGCAUUAUCGGGGUUUGGGAUCACUCCCCGUAGUGACACCAGGGGCUCCACUCAAGCCGGAAGUAGGACCAUCCCGCUCGACUGAUCCCCAAGGAGCCGCCCGACUCGCCCGAAUGCCAUAUCUGGGCUUGAGGCGAAAUGGGUUACCAAUCCCAUCAGAUCCCGAUGUACAACUGUGGAAGGACGUGUCUUUUGGCACUGCUUACCUCUAUAGGUAAGGUCGUAUGAGCGGAGACCAGUAUUUUUGUCAUUACCUAUAUCUUUACAUGCCACUGGCCCUUGAAGUUCAUUUUCGAUAUUUCCUAUACGCACUAAUAUGACUGGACCGUGGAGUCUGUCAACACCAAAUUUGCGAGUCGUUCCAAGAAAGAAAGGAAAUCAUUAACAGGGACAUCAAUGAGCACUUUCAUCGGCCAACCUAGUCAUGGACACAUCACAGAAACGAGAUAUCGAGUCGCUAACAUCCUCUCUGACGAGGGCAAAUCGCCUCGCCAACUCGAGCCCGUUGGGCUUCGGCGCCUUUUCGACCACUCUCAUGACGCUCUCGCUUUCCAUGAUGGGCUUCCGCGGCGUCUCAAACCAAGUGGUCUUUAUUGCAGAUCUAUGCUUGCUAGCGGGAGUAGGUCUACUUAUUUCCGCUCAAUGGGAGAUGGUUAAAGGCAAUACAUUCGCGUAUACAGUGCUCGCCGCAUUUGCGUUGUACUAUGGCGGAUAUGGCGUGUUGUUAAUGCCUUCAAUGGGUGUUGUUGAGGCAUACGCUGGUCAAUCUAAAGAAUUCUUCAAUGCUUUCGGAUUCUAUCUUCUUGUUUGGUGUAUCCUCAACCUUUUCUUCUUCAUCGCAGCUUUGGCGACGAACGUACCAAACAUUAUUAUUUACGCGGGUUUGGAGUUCUCUUAUAUCUUUAAUUGCACGGCGCACUUUCUGAUGGCAGAUGGAAACAUGGCGAUGGGCACGAAAAUGACAAAAGUAGCGGGGGCAUUUGGUUUCGUUUCGUCGUUGGCGGGUUUUUAUAUGUUAGGCUAUGAGCUUUGUCGGGAUGUAUCACCUACUGUGAUACCAUUAGGAGAUACGUCUCGAUUUUUCCGUAGAAAGAAGUCCGAUUCUAAGCAGAUUUAAGAUAGCCUGUUCUUUUCCCUAUGGCGUACCAUGCCAGCAGAGCGAUUCUCCAUGCCAUAACCACGGAUCUAAUAGUAGCACAGUAAGCAUUCCAACUUAAUCAGACCUCGGUUAG